AUGCUUCGAUUCUCUGGAAAAGUCGUCAUCGUCACAGGUUCAUCGAAUGGAAUUGGCAGAGCUAUUGCAAUUCUUUUUGCUCGGGAAGGAGCAAAAGUGACAAUCACUGGGAGAAACAUCAAACGAUUAGAAGAAACGAAACAAAUGAUAGUAAAAAACGGAAUUCCAGAAGAGAAUGUUCUAGAAAUCGUCACCGAUAUUACUAGUGAAGAAGGCCAGAAUAAAUUGAUCAACUCUACAAUUCAAAAAUUCGGUCGUCUUGAUAUUCUGGUUAACAAUGCAGGAACAGGAUUCCUUGAUGCCGAAGGAAAAACUGGAGUAGAUCAAAAUAUUUCAGAUUUAGAUAAGUCCAUAAAUCUCAAUACGAGAAGUAUUGUUACCUUAACGCAAAAAGCAAAGAUACAUUUGAUUGAAGCGAAAGGAGAGAUUGUGAAUGUUUCAAGCAAAGCAGCAGGACCACAAGCGAGUCCAGACUUUAUUUACUAUGGAAUGGCAAAAGCGGCAUUAGAUCAGUUCACCAGGAGUUCAGCUAUUGACCUUAUUCGACAUGGAGUAAGAGUAAAUUCCGUGAGUCCUGGGCUCGUAAGAACAGGAUUUGGAGAGACUAUUGGAAUGUCUGAUGAUGCUUUUGAAAAGAUGGUCGAAUCCAUGGAAUCUAACAAAGCCUACAUUCCAUGUGGAAAGGCAGGACAACCUGAAGAUAUUGCAAAUUUGAUUGCAUUUCUGGCUGAUCGAAGACUCUCUUCUUAUAUCAUUGGACAAACAAUUGCAAUCGACGGAGGGACUUCUCUCAUUAUGGGAAUGCAGGCUUUUGAUAUGACGGAUGUUUUAAAAUUUUAG